AUGUUGAAAAAAGGUACCAAGAGGGUGCAAUUUGUCAGGAACUUGAUUAGGGAGGUUGCUGGAUUCGCUCCCUAUGAGAAACGUAUCACUGAGCUUCUUAAGGUUGGAAAGGACAAGCGUGCACUCAAGGUCGCCAAGAGAAAGCUUGGUACUCACAAGAGAGCAAAGAAGAAGAGAGAGGAGAUGUCAAGUGUCCUUAGGAAGAUGAGGUCUGCUGGUGGUGGUGGUGCUGGUGACAAGAAGAAAUGGAGAUGGGGCUCACGAGGGAUCCUAUCAAAUGUCUUGCUCCCAUCGCCGCCGCUCGAAGACCAGGCGCCGCCUGCCAUAGCUCUGUCCACGCAUCCCAAACACCGCCUUAACCCCGGAGCCAUCUCCCCUGGUUUCAUCGACGUCUUCCCCCUCGCCUAG